AUGGGCGAUCAAAGGGCACUUUUGGCAGCCAAGUAUGGGGACUUGACCACUUUAAAGAAGUUCUUUGAGAAUGGCGUCCUGGACCAGACUGUCACAGACUCCCUGGGGGCUGGCCUGGUGCACCACGCCUCCAGAGCAGGCCAGCUAGAGUGCCUGAAGUUCCUGAUAGAGCACGUCAAGGUUCCAGGGAAUCAGCGGGCUAAGAACAGGGCGACUCCGGUGCACGAUGCAGCCGCCAUGGGCCACCUGGCUGAGCUACACUGGCUCGUCCGAGAAGGAGGCUACUGUGCUCAGGAUCAAGAUGUGUCAGGGGUCUCCCCACUGCACCUUGCUGCUCGAUUUGGGCACCCUGUGUUGGUGGAGUGGCUGGUCCAAGAGGGCUGCGAUGUCUCCCUGGAGACCCUGGAGGGAGCGCUUCCUAUACACUAUGCCGCAGUCAAGGGGAAUCUGACCUGCCUGAAGCUGCUGGUCGCUGCAGACAAUAGGUGUGUGAACAGGCAGACCCAGAGCGGAGCCUCCCCUCUCUACCUUGCCUGCCAGGAAGGCCACUUACACAUUGUCCAGUUCUUAGUGAAGGACUGUGGGGCUGAUGUGCACUUGCGGGCCCAUGAUGGCAUGACCGUGCUGCAUGCAGCUGCCCGAAGUGGCCACUAUUCCCUUGUGGUCUGGUUGGUCACAUUCACAGACAUCAGCCUGAUGGCUCGAGAUGAUGAGGGAGCUACAGUGCUCCACUUUGCAGCAAGAGGUGGUCAUGCACCCAUUCUGGAUCGGCUUCUUCUGAUGGGCGCCCAGAUAAUCCGAGAUCACUGGGGAGGGACCCCUCUCCAUGACGCAGCAGAGAAUGGGCACCUGGAGUGUUGCCAGACCUUGAUUUCCCACCGGGUGGAUCCUGCCCUUCAGGAUGGGGAUGGCUACACCGCACUGGAUCUGGCAGUCUAUAAUGGACACCAUGACUGCUCUCGGUACCUGCUGGAGGUGCAGAAGCUGGAGGAUCCAAUGUCUGCCCAGUUUGCUGUCCUGUUUUUUGUCCUCUUGGCACAUGUGUCUGGGGCAAUCUCCUCAGUGCAUGGCCAGGAUAAAUACAGUUUUUAUGAAGUUUUAGGCCCCAGUAUUGGCUUUGUUGGAGUGAUAGGAAGUUCUCGGGGCAUCCUGGAAGAUCUGACCUUCCAUGCUUCCAGGAUUGACAGUUUUCUCCCAAGGGAGGCCACCAAGCUCCCUCCUGACAGCUUCAAGAGGCUGGUGCACGCCAUGAUGGGCUGUCCAGGUGUGUCCAGGCUGGUGGGCUGGGAGGUCCAGCUUCUCCUCCUCAUGGAAAAGGCGGCACAGGGCUCCAGAGGACUCACUGCUUCCCCCGCGCUGCUUCGAUCUGUUCGCUGCAGGUUUGAUCUCGUAGAUCUUCCGCAGAGACUAAGAGCCAGGGAACUCAUGGAGAGAUGGGUGCUGAAAGGGGCCCCUUGGGGAAGGGGGUGGCUCGGGCUGCAGGUGGGGCCUCAGGUGGGCCUGGGACCAGCUCCCCAAAGCCAGUCGGAUCCUGGCUGUACACACGGAGCCCUGCCCAGUGCACGCUCACUGCUCUCCUGUCUGUCAAAAUCGAUGCUUUUUGACUUGUGUAGUGAACACCCGGCUCUCCAGCCAAAGCACUCGGCUCAAGGACAUGCUCCAAGGAGCAUCGAAGGACACAGAAUAUCACUGGAGCCUCACCCCUACCACCCCAGCCCCUGUAUCCUGGAGCCGCAUGGAGGCAUCUACACAGGACUCACUCUCAGAGUUGCCACGAUAUACAAUGAGAAUAAAGCCCCCAAGCAGGGGAAGAUGGAACCAGAGGACGACACAAAAGAUGGCCUUGUCUCACUUCCGAUGGAUGAACUGAACCCAUCAGACAUCGAUGCUCUGGUGCCCACUGAGGAUGAGAACGGCCACCCUAUCCCAGAAUGGAAACGGCAGGUUAUGGUGCGAAAGCUUCAGGCCCGCCUUUGGUCAGAGGAAAUGACAGAAUGGAAGAGCAGCAGUGGUGACUCCACAGAGAUGGGGGACUGGAGGUACUCUCAGACCCACAACGCCAUCCUGGGCCCUUAUGGGGAGCUGCUGACAGAGGACGACCUGGUGUACUUGGAGAAGCAAAUCGAGAACCUGCAGAUGAGGAAGAAAUGCCAGGAGUACGAGAGCGAGCUCGGGCGCCUGGCCGAGGAGCUCCAGAGCCUCCUCCCGGCUCCCAUCGUCAACAUCACCGUCAACAGCCGCUUCCUGAGCCGCGAUCCAGAAAAGGAAGCGUCUUCUCCUCCCGCGGUCGUGGAGGGAGGCCACACCCUGCCUUACUGGUGCAGCCACAUUUCGAGGAUGGUGAAGAGCAUGUCAGUGCUGCUGAAGAAUAUGAACGGUCUGGCCAGGCUGAAGGAGACCCCCGUCCCCAAAACCUCAUUCAAGGUCAGGGGUGGUGUCGUGGGUCCCUCGGGGAGCAUAGCGGAGAAGGAGAUCCUGGAGUGUGGCGUAUCGGUGAGAAGUCUCAGGGAUAACUUUGAGAAGCAAGCGAACUCAGGGCUGCCCUGUGGAGUGAGGGUCCCCUCAGAGAAGUGCCCAGGGGCCUCCUGGGAAGCCGGUGCUGCUGUUAUGUUCCCCAGGGUGCAACAGAGAAACGCUCAGACCGGUGAAAGGCAAGCGCCCGGUGACCCUGAAGAGGCUAGUGACUCGGGCAUCAGCUGCGAGGAGGCUUCUUCUGAGGCCGGCACCAGCCCCACCGCUGCGCCGGAUUCCUCCAGCCUGAGGAAAGAACGGAUCGUCAUGCUCUUUCUGAGUCACUGGAAGAAGUCAGCCUAUACCCCUGCCCUGAAGACGGCAGCUAGGCGCACCUUGGAGUCCUCCAAGGCUGGCCUUCCUCAGGCACCCGCCGUGACUGUCCGAAUGGAGCCGCCUCCACCUCCUGGAGAGUUUCCUCUUCGCGGCCCCAGCAAGUUCGGCCACCUGCUACAGCAGAGAAGCAUCAUCUCCCACCUGCUGGGCAACUGGAAGGACGUCAUCGCUCACGUGCCCCCGCGGCAGAUCCGACGCCUGAGCCGCCAGACUGUCACAUACUCCCCCGAGAUGUUCCUGCCCUACGUCAACGGGGCCCCUGUGGACUACCACAGCCUUACCUUGGACCUCUUCAUGCUGGGAUACUUCCAGAUCCUGGAGCUGGACCUGCCCCCCGAAGAGCGCAAGAUGAGACAUCUGCUCUGCUUCGAGGUCUUCGACCACCUAGGUGGUCACAGCUGGGAGACGGUGAGGAGCUUCCACAAAGCUGUGACGGAUGAGAUCGAGGCUGGCAGGCGGAGCUGGAAGGAUGGCUUCGAAGACAUCAAGGCCCGCUUCUUCGGCAGCAGCAAGAAGCCCGUGUGGGAGGUGGAGCCCGUGCGAAAGUCGGGAUUGACCUCCAUCAAGCCGCCGCCCAGGGCCUCGGCCCCGGCUGGCCACCUGGAGCCAAAGGGCCGAAGGACCGGCGGCUGUCCCGAACUCGGAAGCUUUAAUAGCGAAGAUAUCUGUGGCUACAUAGACAGGAGCUUUGCCUUCUGGAAGGAGAAAGAAGCAGAGAUUUUCAAUUUUGGAGACUGA